UGGAAAUGAAUGCGCUGGCAGCGAAAUUAAAGUAGAUAUGAUGCUGCAGAGGGAGCCUUGGGAGAUUAAAAACUACCCUUCGUUUCGUGUGUGGCGGUAAGCGGAUCAGUUUGUCGGCAUCGGAAGAUUAAGAGCUAUCUUCCGCAGGCACACACACACAGCAAGUACCAGCAGAAGUGGACAGCAGCAGCGGCCCCAAUUUCAAAUGUUUCAGAUUAGAUAAAACGAUUAAGCAGCAACUACACAGCGGCGGACAACGAUCCCAGCACAACUCAUUCAAUAAAAGGGUGCCCUCCGGAGCCGCACUAGCAUCAUCUGCGCUUCGCUAUAAACACAUCUCUCCUCCAUUCACGUCGAGUGCAGCCAGUUCGCCGGAACGUCUGUGUAAAUUCACGGCAAACAAAUUAUAAAAAUAGAUUAAAAAUUUAGCAUCGGAAAAGUAGUUGCCGAAAAUUAGAAGCGCUACCGAGUUGUGGCCGGACGGAGAAGCUUUUGCCUCCGUUGCCCAAGUGUCGUCAUCGAUGAGACGGUCGAAUUUAAUUGGUUUCCUUCUGUGCCGAGCGCGAGCGUUUAGUCGAAUUUCGUCCGAAGCUGCGUGCGGGCGUGAAUGAAUCUCUAAAAGCAACCAAAUUUAUAUAAUUUUAGCUGAACUAUAUUUAUUCGCCCUGUCUUAUUUGCGAUUUCAGCCAAAGAUCCGAAAAGCCCAAAAUGAGUGAAGCGAGCAACCCAGUUCCGAGCAUUGCUCCUUAUGAAUCCAAAAUAAGCGCUGAGAUCUAUCACAGCAUAGCCACCAGUUACACAGAUCAGAACCUGGUCAUAUCCCCCCUCAUGCUGGAGGCCACUCUGGCCCUUCUCUACCUGGGUUCGGAUGGAGCCACGGCCGAGGAGUUGCAGAAGUUGCUGCGGCUGAAGGAGCGCUUUCCCAGCAAUGCCAAAAUGGCCAACUUUUAUGCCUCGGAACUGGCCAACAUCUCGGGUGAUGCCGAUACCCGACUGCAGUUGCAGAAUCGACUGAUGCUUCAGUCUAAAGAUGGCUCUGGCGUGGCCGAGGACUUUCAGAAGAUUGCUCAAACCUAUUUUCAUGCCACAGCCGAGUGCUUUGAGCUCGAGCAGACGGAGAAGCUGCGCCGCCACAUUAGCGAACAGAUCCUGGCCAGCGUGGGUGGCGGAAGUUGGCAGCAGGUUCAAGUGGAAAGCAGUUCCGCGGCCAAAAUUUUGCUCCUGCUGGCGGGGAACCUGCAGAGCAAAUGGUUCCUGCCUUUCAGCGCCUACCGGACGGGUCUAUAUGAGUUUCAUAGCGGCAACCAGGCAAAGUCGGUGGCCAUGCUUUUCGACGACGACAUGUUUGUGAAGUUCGCGGAGCUGCGGGACCUGGAUGCCCGCGCCAUUGAGCUGCCGUACGAGCAUGCGGAGGAGCUAUCCAUGCUGCUCAUCCUGCCGAACCAGAGGGACGGCCUGGCGGCGCUGGUGGAGCAGCUGCGUGGCCUGGAUUUGGGCGCAGUGCAGCAGCGCAUGCAGAUGGAGGGCGUGCAGGUGCUGCUGCCCAAAUUCAGUAUCGAUUUCGAGUGCAGUCUGCGGCAGCCAUUGAAGCAGCUUGGUUUCGAAGAGAUAUUUGCGGCGUCGGCGAAUUUCAAGCAUUUGCAUUCCGCUGCCAAUCUGCCCGUGGUCGAUAUUCUCCAGAGGCUGCGCAUUAAUUUGAACGAGUCUGGUUCCGGAUCCGAACAGCCACGAAUUGCAACAGAGUAUAAACCCAUUGUGAUCAGCAACUCCUCCCGCCAGAAAUUCUUUCGAGCCGACCAUCCAUUUUUCUUUGCCAUCCGCAGUGAGAAUGUGACCUACCUGGUGGGUCAUGUGGUUAGCUUUUAAGUGCUCACUGAGAGGGUGAAGGUUUGUGCUAUAACUUGUAUGAAAUAAGUAAAAUACAACUAAUAUUUAUUAAAUAUGUAAAGAAGCAAAAUGCGAAAGGAGCAACCUUUA